AUGGCGAAUCGUCGCGAAACCGGGGAAAAGGUCGGUGGCCGAGGGGGUCGUAGUUCCAAUAAGGAAAACAAGCUGUCGUCCAAGGGGAGUGAAACCGAGAAGAACACCAGUCAGGCGGGAGACAAAUCUAUCCGUCGGACGGUUUCUUUGGAGCUCACCUCAGCCCGGGGGUCUACUCAAGGGCCAACCGCGGGCCCAUCCCGUAUCCACGAACCUCAGGAACCUCCGAGCCCUGCUUCGCCGCUGCUCGCAGAUGCGCCUUCGCUCGGCGAGCCAGCGCUCACGCAGGAGCUAUAUGGAGCCCUCGCUCGCACGGAUCCCACCGAUGGUUUCGACGACAAUUUUUUCCAAAGCUGGCAACACAAGUCCCUCUUGAACAGCGCAGACGAUGCAUUCUUCUUCCGGGCUACCCCACCACAGACCCCAGGCCUUUCGCCUAGCAAGUCUUUUGGGAGCAAGCUGGCUAUUCCCCCUGAGAGUCCAUACGAUCCAACGCGGACUCCAGCGUUCCGCCACUCCCCUGCUCGUCUGCCUUCCGAUCAGCCUUGGAGGACGUCGGGCGCAGCCAUGAGUCAAGCCGUCCGGCAGCUUACUCUAGGCAUGUUGGUACGCGGAGAGGCGAGCCCUAACGUGCGUGGUCUGGACGUCAGUCCCAUCGUCAUCGUUCCAGCUAGCGAACGCAAGAAGAGGAGUAUAUUCAGCCCUCCGACCCAGCAAACUCCCGAGCGCAGGCUCACCCUACUGGACUUGCACGGCGACGUGGAGCCCGAUAUGCUUUUCCCGUCUCCUAGGAGGCUUUUCGCGGACGUGGACAGGCCGGAUAAGACACCAUCCAUCAUGUCUCGAAUGGGGCACUUCGCGUGGCCGUCGCCCUUGAAGGAUCAUAUGACUGGGCACACUCCUACGAAACCCUCAGGCUUCUCGCUGGAUGCGAGUCUACCGACUCCUGGUGGUGAAGUGGAAGAUCCGUUCCAGGCGUAUGUCCAUUUUUCACCUGCUCCCAAUGUGGCCGGCGAGUCCUCGCCCGCGCACCCGCCGUCGAGCAGCGAGAGCGACAGCCCAGUCACUCGCAAGAAGCUUGAAGGUCCCCCUGGUAUCUCGGAUUGCCUUGGUUCUCCCACCCCGUCUUUCGGCCAUGCGCGGGGUUCGCUAUCCUCUAUGUCGAAGCUCCGCUGGCGCGUCUUCCCUGAGGACGACGAAGAUGUAGACAUGGAGCACGUCGAGGACCCCGUGAGCCUUAUACGUAAGACAGACAUGGCCAGCCUCGGGCUCGGAACACCCGUACGCGUUCAGGAGCAGUUCCAUCGCCGUGGAGAAAGCUCGAGCAGUAUCGAGGCCAGCAGCCUCAACUCUAGCACGAGCUCGGCGCCGAGCAGCAGUGGGAGCGAUAGAGCCCCGGUGAGCUCCGGCAGCACUGCUAGUGCUCGUCGCGACAGCUCUCCGUUCCGCUUCGGCUCGCACGGUCGGCAGCGCAGCGCCAGCGGGAGCUCCAGCUCUCACAAAGCGUCGACGACCGCCACGGCUGGUCUCAUGGACAAGAUCCUCGGCCGCCAGGAGAAACCUUCGCGUCGUCGGACAAGCCACACGCACGAAGGCGAGGUCGCGGUGGAUGCUAUGGGGAGCCCGUUCAAGAUCGGCCGGAAGACUUCGAGGAACGAGUUCCUUUACAGUCUGGACGGUGAUUGCGAGAUGGAGGAGGCUCAGCCUAAGAAACGCCGCAAGACCAUCAGCGGACGCGACUGA